AUGAUUACGGGAGCAGCCUCGGUGCAGCAACUGCGUGAAAUUAAAACUCUUACCGACAUAUUAAUGACCGCAGGGUUCGAGUUGUCUAAAUUUCGUUCAAACGUCUCACUUGGCCAGGACGAGCACUUGGACCACUAUGGAUUAACUGAUGCAAAGGUUUUAGGAUUACUGUGGCAGUCAAAGGCGGACUCAUUGCGGUACGAAGCAACUUGCAACAGUAUACCAGAAAUCGUCACAAAACGUACGAUGCUAUCUCUAAUCGCGCAAAUAUUCGAUCCGCUGGGCUUGAUUGGACCAGUUACCAUCAAGGCUAAAAUUCUGAUGCAGUCACUGUGGCAAUUGAAAAUCGACUGGGAUACACCCAUACCAGAGACGCUCCGCAUGAUAUGGUUAUUAUAUCUUCAGCAGCUGCCAAGCAUCAACAAAAUCGCGAUACCUCGGCACGCAAUUUUACAUCAACCAAGGGACAUACAACUCCAUGGAUUCUGCGACGCUUCUCAAAGCGCUUAUGGUGCAUGCAUCUACCUUCGAUCUGUUGACGAUAUUGGAGCGGUUUAUGUACAGCUGUUGACCGCAAAAUCACGUGUGGCCCCUCUCAAAACCAUUACACUUCCACGACUUGAAUUAUGCGGAGCUACACUUCUUGCCAAUUUAGGAGGAGGAGUGUCUCAAGCAUUUACAUGCGCAAUCUCCAAACACUAUUUCUGGACAGACUCUGAAGUCACACUAGCAUGGAUUCAAGGUGAACCAUCACAGUGGCAAGUUUUUGUUGGCAAGAGAGUCGCAGAGAUUCAACGGCUGACCAACCAAGGGGAUUGGGCUCAUGUGCGUUCAGAGGACAACCCCGCCGAUUUGAUAUCGCGUGGGAUACUGCCGGAACAGCUGAUUGACGCCACAAUAUGGUGGGAAGGACCAUCUUGGUUAAAGACCAAUUCACUACAAUGGCCGACACCGUUAGUACGAUCACCGACAGAAAUACCUGAAGCACGCAUUCAGUCGUUUACGAUAUGUCAUCAGGAUGAUGCAUACGACAUCAUCAAUCGAUACUCAUCAUUGACCAGACUCAAGAGAGUCGUCGCAACGUACAUAAGAUUCAAAACGAAUUGCACGCAAUCAAAAUCAAAUUCCCAGCGACUCUGCGGGCCGCUGACCACAGAUGAGCUCCAACAGGCCAUGACCAUAAUCAUAAAAUGUCAUCAGAAGGAAGCCUUCGCUUGCGAGCUACAUCACAUACAAAGGAACAAGGCGGUGGAUUCGCACAGUAAGAUUCUUUCGCUCAAUCCGGUACUCGACCAGGAGGGAGUACUCCGCGUUGGUGGCCGGUUGAGGAACGUUCCACUUCCCUAUACCCAGAAGCAUCCAAUCCUCUUAUCCACUAACGGUAGCUUGACAGACUUAGUUAUACACGACCUACAUUUGAAGCAUUUUCACAUCGGUCCACAACUAUUGCUGACCACUCUCCGAGAAACAUAUUGGGUAAUACAUGCUAAAAACGCGAUCAACGAAUACUAA